CUCUCGCACAAGAUAACGCCCCCUCUCUCUCUUCUGUGUCAGCUCGCUUUCUCUCUCUAGAAAAAAAAAAAUUUUCCCCUGAAAGAUACACGCAGAGAGGAAACUGCUAUUCCCAACAACAAAAAAAAAAGGGAUGACGCCCUUUUCCUCGCUCCAAUUCUCGAAACCCAAAUCGACCCAGUGAGCGAUUCCUCCUGUAUUCUCUGUUUCCCGAGCCAAAAACCAAUCUUUAUCGUGCGCGCACACGCACACCUUUCUCUCUCCUCUCUCCUCUUUCUCUCUCUACCCUGAAGAAGAAGAAGAAGCAGCAGUUGGGAUUGAAGCAAAGUUCUUAUCUCGCAGAUCCCUUUAUUUGCUUUCGACCCUUUUCUUCUCUCUCUUCGAAAUCCCCUGUUCCAUCUCUCUCUCUCUCUCUCUUCCCCUUCUUCGUUCCUCACGAAUCGCUCCGCCGGCGGCGGCGAUUCCGGAUUCUUCCCCUGUUCUUGUUUUCGAGCUCUUCGUCCGAUUAGGGUUUCCGUCCUUAGCUCGGGGACUCCGGUCUCGAUGCGGGAAUUGAGGGCGAGCAUGGCGCAUUGAGAGAAUUGCGUGGGGUUCCGAUCGUUUCGCGGGGCCGGGAGAGAUGAUAAUCAAGCGCAAAUUGAAGUCGCGAAUGCCGAGGCUGAAGCGGAGGAAGCCCGGGGACCCGGCGGCCGAGCCGAACGGGGACGGGGAGGCCGGGGCGCGGAAGAAGGGUAAAUUGGGCAACGGUUACUACCCGUUGAAUCUCCUCGGCGAGGUGGCCGCGGGCGUGAUCCCCGGGAUUCUGGGCGAGAAGCAAUUCGCGGCCUCGUGGUGCACGGAAUUGUCUUGUUCCCCGGAAGAGGCCGAGUUGGAAUCCCAGGCUCAAGAUUCGGGGAGGGCGGCGAGCCGGGCGGUGGAGAUUUCGCGGCCCCCUCUGGUGAGGACCUCCAGGGGAAGAGUCCAGGUAUUGCCUUCUCGGUUCAAUGACUCUGUUAUUGAUAACUGGAGGAAAGAGAGUACUACUAAGGCUGGAUUGUUGGACAGUGACGUCGACGAGUACGAGAUCGUCGAAUGUAAAAAGCCGAAAUUCGGUAAUAAAGUGGCUAGAACUUUGAGUAAUGGCUUGAAAAAUAGGAGAAAGGAGGAUGAAAUUGGUUUCAGGUAUCUCGGAUAUGGUACAUUGUGUGAAGAAGCUGAGGAAGAAGAAGUUGGGCGUGGGAAUAUCGACAUAAGGAAGUACUCAACCUCCCGCAGUUCGCUUACGUCUAUACAGGACCAUCUUGGUGAGUUCAGCGGGUUAGAUGUAGAGGAAACUGACAGAAAGGAAAACUUAAUGGAUUGGCGUGAGGAAAGGAAAGAUGGAUUGUAUGGGCCCGAGGACUUCUAUUCAGGCGAUAUUGUGUGGGCGAAAUCUGGGGAAUUUGAGCCUUUUUGGCCUGCCAUUGUCAUUGAUCCACUGACACAAGCUCCAGAACUGGUCUUAAGAGCUUGUAUCGCUGACGCAGCUUGUGUGAUGUUCUUUGGUUAUGCUGGGAGUGAGGAUCAUAGGGAUUUCGCGUGGGUGAGACGAGGGAGGAUUUUCCCAUUCAUGGACUUUGUGGAAAGGUUUCAGGAGCAGCCUGAGUUGAAGGACUGCAAACCCAGCGACUUCCAAAUUGCAAUGGAGGAGGCAUUUUUAGCAGAAAAUGGUUUUACUGAAAAGUUGACACAUGACAUUAAUUUGGCUGCUGGAAAUACGACGGCUGCUGAUUUUGUUUAUAGAGGGAUUGAGGAGGCUACUGGUUCAAAUCAAGAUCAAGAGUUUAACUAUCUUAACUCGGAUGUAGCUGGGACGAAGAAAGAACCACGGUGCUGUGAAGGCUGUGGAUCUAUCCUUCCAGUGAGAAUGACAAAGAAAGAGAAAGUUUCAACUCCUGGAGGGCAAUCACUGUGCCGAUUGUGUUCUAGGAUGAUAAAAUCAAAUCAUUACUGCGGCAUAUGCAAGAAGAUAUGGAAUCAUUCUGACAGCGGGAGUUGGGUACGUUGUGAUGGCUGUAAAGUUUGGAUUCAUGCGGAGUGCGAUAAAAUCUCAAGUAACCGUUUUAAGGAGAUGGGUGGCACUGAUUAUUAUUGCCCUGCCUGUAGAGCGAAGUUCAAUUUUGAAUUAUCUGAUUCCGAAAAGGCCCAACCUAUAAUAAAGAUGAACAGGAGUAGUGGCCAGUUGGUGCUGCCUAACAAAGUUACAGUCGUUUGUGCUGGUGUUGAGGGCAUCUACUUUCCAAGCCUUCAUUUAGUUAUUUGCAAGUGUGGGCUUUGUGGAUCAAAAAAACAAGCACUGAGUGACUGGGAACGACAUACAAAUUCCAAGUUAAGGAAUUGGAAAACCAGCAUAAAGGUGAAAGGUUCCAUGUUACCACUGGAGAAAUGGAUGCUGCAAUUGGCUGAAUACCAUGAAAAAACUUUAGUUUCUGGGAAGCCGCCUAAACGGCCUCCUAUGAAAGAGAGGAAGCAGAAGCUGCUCGCAUUUUUGCAAGAGAGGUAUGAACCAGUGUAUGCUAAAUGGACGACCGAGCGAUGUGCUGUCUGUAGAUGGGUUGAAGAUUGGGAUUACAACAAAAUUAUUAUCUGCAACAGAUGUCAAAUAGCGGUUCAUCAAGAGUGCUAUGGGGCAAGAAAUGUGCGAGAUUUAACAUCAUGGGUAUGCAAAGCUUGUGAAACACCUGACAUCAAGAGGGAAUGCUGUCUUUGUCCUGUAAAAGGUGGUGCACUGAAGCCAACUGAUGUGGAGCCAUUAUGGGUUCAUGUUACAUGUGCGUGGUUUCGACCUGAAGUUGCCUUUGCAAGUGAUGAGAAGAUGGAGCCUGCCAUUGGGAUCUUAAGCAUUCCAUCAAAUUCUUUUGUUAAGAUAUGCGUUAUUUGUAAGCAAAUUCAUGGUUCCUGUACGCAAUGCUGCAAAUGCUCGACAUAUUACCAUGCAAUGUGUGCAUCAAGGGCAGGGUAUCGAAUGGAGUUGCAUAGCUUGGAGAAAAAUGGGAAACAGAUUACAAGGAUGAUCUCUUAUUGCGCUUAUCACCGGGCCCCAAAUCCAGAUACUGUUCUCAUCAUACAAACUCCUGCAGGGGUUUUUUCCGCUAAAAGCCUCAUACAAAACAAAAGGAGGGGUGGUUCAAGGCUCAUUUCAUCUAGACGAGUGCUUGAAGAUGUUCCAGCAGCAGAAAUCAGUGAAUUGGAUCCACUCUCUGCUGCAAGAUGCCGGGUCUUUAGAAGAUUGAAAAAUAACCGGAAGAGAUCUGGGGAAGAAGCUAUUCCUCACAGAGUCAAAGGAUCUUGCCAUCAUUCUCUAGGCAUAGUUGACAGUUUGAACAAAUUUAGAGAAGUAGACGAGCCCAAUACAUUCUCAUCAUUCCGUGAAAGACUACUACACUUGCAGAGAACUGAACAUGAUCGAGCUUGCUUCGGUAGAUCUGGAAUACAUGGGUGGGGACUAUUUGCAAGGAGGAAUAUCCAAGAAGGAGAGAUGGUUAUCGAAUAUCGAGGGGAGCAGGUGAGGCGUAGCAUUGCAGAUCUUAGGGAGGCAAAGUACCGACAGGAAGGGAAGGACUGUUAUUUAUUUAAGAUCAGCGAAGAAGUAGUGGUGGAUGCUACUGAUAAAGGAAAUAUAGCGCGUCUCAUCAACCAUUCGUGUAUGCCCAAUUGCUAUGCACGGAUCAUGAGUGUAGGCCAUGACGAGAGCAGAAUAGUUCUUAUUGCCAAGACCAACGUAUCAGCCGGGGAUGAACUAACGUAUGAUUACUUAUUCGAUCCUGAUGAGCCAGAUGAAUUCAAAGUCCCCUGCUUAUGCAAAGCUCCAAACUGCCGGCAAUUCAUGAAUUAGGUUUGCACAGCACAGUCAAUUUGUUUCUCCACAAGGAGGCAAACUAACCCAUCUCGCGAAAUGAGUGACUUCUAGGUUUCAGAGUUAUGAUUGUAAUUCUUGUGAAAAGGAGUAGAUCAGAAUCAAAUCUGGUUCUUUUUGACAAUUGUUUCUUUUUCGGCUCAAUAAAAGUUGUUGAUUCGUCAGGAGGUUCGGCUUCUCGGGUCUGUGUAUAUCUGUUCAUACUCAUAUUUCAUCUUCCCUAAUCAAAUGCUAACCAAAUUUUCUCA